UCCUUUUUUCACACUGAAUUUCAUUUUGUUUUCUCUCGGAAAUUCAGAGGAAGAAACGUUAAAAUUGUAAAAACAUUGCAAAAUAGAAAAAAGUGCGUUGGCGUUGAGUCGUUCCCCGAAAUUCACAGAACUCAGAGACUCACUACACAGUCUCUUCGUAUCAGAUCCGAAUCUCUCUUCGCUUUCUUCACCGUUUCUUCGAUUCGGAUCUCCGAUUCCGACGACUCGAUUCACCGAUUCAUUCCCUCCGCAAUUGGAUCCGAUUAACCUUCCCGCCGAACACAACCACCAAUCAUGAAUCCUUUCUCUUCAGGGACGCGUUUGAGGGACAUGAUUCGGGCCAUACGUGCUUGCAAGACUGCAGCAGAAGAGCGUGGUGUUGUAAGAAAAGAAUGUGCAGCCAUCCGUGCUUCAAUAAAUGAAAAUGAUCAAGAUUAUAGGCACAGGAAUAUGGCUAAGCUUAUGUUCAUCCACAUGCUUGGAUACCCGACACAUUUUGGUCAAAUGGAGUGCCUCAAGUUGAUCGCGUCUCCUGGAUUUCCGGAAAAGAGAAUAGGUUAUCUUGGCCUCAUGUUACUUCUUGAUGAAAGACAAGAAGUUCUAAUGUUGGUCACCAAUUCUUUGAAACAAGAUCUUAAUCACACAAAUCAGUAUAUAGUGGGACUUGCACUCUGUGCUUUAGGAAACAUUUGUUCAGCAGAAAUGGCUCGUGAUCUUGCACCAGAGGUUGAGAGAUUGCUACAAUUUCGUGACCCCAAUAUUCGGAAGAAGGCAGCAUUAUGCUCUAUAAGGAUCAUAAGGAAAGUUCCAGAUUUGGCAGAAAAUUUUAUCAAUCCUGCUACUUCCUUACUUAGGGAGAAACACCAUGGAGUUUUGAUCACUGGGGUUCAGCUUUGUACAGAUUUGUGUAAAACUAGCACUGAAGCUCUUGAACAUAUUAGGAAGAAAUGCACAGAUGGUUUGGUCAGAACUCUCAAAGAUCUUGCGAACAGUCCUUAUUCACCAGAGUAUGAUAUUGCUGGCAUCACAGAUCCAUUUCUCCAUAUUAGGUUGCUUAAACUUUUGAGAGUGUUGGGUGAAGGUGAUGUAGAUGCUAGUGACUCUAUGAAUGACAUACUUGCCCAGGUGGCUACAAAAACCGAGUCAAAUAAAGUUGCAGGGAAUGCCAUUUUAUAUGAAUGUGUUCAAACAAUAAUGAGCAUUGAAGAUAACGGUGGCUUACGCGUACUUGCCAUCAAUAUCCUUGGAAGAUUCUUGUCAAACCGUGACAAUAAUAUCAGAUACGUGGCAUUAAACAUGCUUAUGAAGGCUGUAACUGCUGAUGCUCAGGCAGUACAGAGGCACCGUGUGACAAUUCUAGAAUGUGUAAAGGAUUUAGAUGCUUCAAUUCGAAAAAGAGCCCUUGAACUUGUUUAUGUUCUGGUGAAUGAAACUAAUGUGAAACCAUUAGUGAAAGAGCUUGUAGAUUAUCUUGAAGUCAGUGAUCUUGAUUUCAGAGGGGACCUUACUACCAAAAUUUGCUCUAUAGUUGCAAAGUUUUCGCCCGAGAAGAUCUGGUACAUUGAUCAGAUGCUAAAGGUUCUGUCUGAGGCUGGAAAUUUUGUAAACGAUGAAGUGUGGUAUGCCUUAAUUGUUGUGAUAAGCAAUGCUUCUGAGCUUCAUGGAUAUACAGUAAGAGCAUUAUACAGAGCAUUUCAAACAUCUGCUGAACAGGAGACUCUAGUUCGAGUUACAGUGUGGUGCAUUGGGGAAUAUGGUGACAUGUUAGUCAAUAAUGUUGGAAUGCUUGACAUAGAAGAUCCAAUAACGGUGACUGAGUCAGAUGCAGUGGAUGUUGUAGAGAUUGCUAUAAAACGUCAUGCAUCAGAUCUUACCACCAAAGCAAUGGCUUUGGUUGCCUUAUUAAAGCUCUCCUCACGUUUCCCUUCUUGUUCAAAGAGGAUCGAGGAAAUUAUUGUACAGCUCAAAGGAAACCUUGAGCUAGAAUUGCAGCAGAGAGCUAUUGAAUUCAAUUCGGUUAUUGCUAAGCAUCAAAAUAUUAGAUCAACUCUUGUAGAGAGAAUGCCGGUUUUGGACGAGGCUACUUUCAUAGGUAGGAGGGCUGGGUCUUUGCCAGGUGCCACUUCUACAGCAACUGCACCUUCAGUUAAUCUCGCGAAUGGGGUAGCCAAACCUGCAGCUCCUCUUGUAGAUCUACUUGAUCUAAGUUCAGAUGAUGUUCCAGUACCUAGCUCUUCUGGCGGCGAUUUUCUUCAUGACCUUCUCGGUGUCGAUCUAUCACCAGCAUCACAACAAUCCGGUACGGGCCAAGCAUCAAAAAGUGGCACAGAUGUUCUUUUGGAUCUUUUGUCUAUUGGAUCACCUUCUACCCAGGGCAACUCACCUGGAGUAGACAUCUUAUCCUCAAAUAUUAGUAACAAAGCAUCCAUUUCACCAUUGGAUGAUCUCUCACCACUUUCACUUUCUUCAAGAGCUACUUCAAAUGCUGGUCCAAUGAUGGAUUUAUUGGGUGGUAUUUCCCCCAGCCCGCCAGCAGAAAACAAUGGACCAGUUUAUCCAUCUGUAACUGCUUUUGAGAGCAGCUCCUUGAGGUUGACAUUCAAUUUCACAAAACAACCAGAAAACCCACAAACAACAGCUAUCCAGGCUACCUUUAUGAAUUUGUCCUCCAAUACAUAUACAGAUUUUGUUUUCCAGGCCGCUGUUCCUAAGUUUCUUCAAUUACACUUAGAUCCUGCUAGUGGCAAUACUCUCCCUGCAGCUGGAAAUGGGUCCAUCACGCAAACUUUGAGAGUUACUAAUAGCCAACAUGGAAAGAAAUCUCUUGUCAUGCGCAUAAGGAUAGCAUACAAGGUCAAUGGCAAGGAUACACUUGAGGAAGGACAAAUCAGUAAUUUUCCUCGUGAUUUAUGAAGCCAAAAAAUGGACAGUGGCCAUUAAGGUGAUGCACAAAACCCAUUGUUUUUUUCCGCAUCCUGUAACACUAGUGCAAUUUUCAUGUUUGACUCCUUCAAAUGAGGAAGGUAUGGUUCGAGCAAAUGGGAUCAUUUUAUAGCUCAAAUUUGAAGUCUAUUAGCAGGCUUCACAUAUAUGCUUUUUUGCUUCUUUAUUUAGGUGGUUUAUGUAUAUUAGUACAAAAUAUUUGUGUAUGAAAAAGGUCAAUCAAAUUUUGCCUCUCAAGGCACUGAGAGUUGUGUCCUGUUGAGAACUUGAGGUGCUUUCUAGCCUAUUUCCUUGGAGAUAGUCAUUCGGUCUUGACUCUUACUGUCUAAAGUUAUAGUGUUGUUGAAUGCAAUUUGGCAUAUUA